UACUAUUGGACAAAUCAACCGUCUGUUUGAUAGAUCCGCGGUCCGUUGGUCAAUGUUGCUCGGCGGUUGCUGGGGACCGCCUACGAGCUCUCCCAUAGGCGGCGCAGGAGUACUGGGCUCGGCGGGGGACACGGCGGCCGCUGCGGGCCUCGAUCGGGCAACGGUGAUAGCGGUGGCGGCGGUGGCGACUGGUCCUCCUCCUUCACCCGACUGCACCUCCUUUUCUUCCUCUUCCUUUUCUUUCCGGCCGCGUUUCGUCCACUUCCCCUCAAGGCGGCCCCUAUCCUACGUAAAGGCAUGACUUUCCAGCACCUCAGGGAAAAUAGGGUGCAAGCCCAGAAACUAUUUCCACACCACCACUUGUUGAAAAACUGAUUCGAAGGCAUCUCCGGGUUUGAACAAACUGAAAGUGCCAGGAUUUCAUGCGUCUUUGGUUUUGCGCUGGAGACCCUUCGCUACUAGGUAUCAAGACGAAAAAAACUGGAAACUAAUCUGAACCCUAUUCAAAGUCAGAAUGGAAAGAUUUGUAGUGACAGCACCACCUGCUCGAAACCGUUCUAAGACUGCUUUGUACGUGACUCCCCUGGAUCGAGUCACUGAGUUUGGAGGUGAGCUGCACGAAGAUGGAGGAAAACUCUUCUGCACUUCUUGCAAUGUGGUUCUGAAUCACGUUCGCAAGUCUGCCAUUAGUGACCACCUCAAGUCAAAGACUCAUACCAAGAGGAAGGCAGAAUUUGAAGAGCAGAAUGUGAGAAAGAAGCAGAGGCCUCUAACUGCAUCGCUUCAGUGCAACAGUACUGCGCAAACAGAGAAAGUCAGUGUUAUCCAGGACUUUGUGAAAAUGUGCCUGGAAGCCAACAUCCCACUUGAGAAGGCUGAUCACCCAGCAGUCCGUGCUUUCCUGUCUCGCCAUGUGAAGAAUGGAGGCUCCAUACCCAAGUCAGACCAACUGAGGAGAGCAUAUCUGCCUGAUGGAUAUGAGAAUGAGAAUCAGCUCCUUAACUCACAAGAUUGUUGACAAGGAGGUUACCACCAUUGUGAUCAAGAUAAAUAAUGUGGAGUAUUAAAGUUAUGUGUUGAUUGUGUGGUUCAUUUUUAUAUUUAUUUCAUUUUAAAUCAUGUGAUGCAGAAUAGUUUUGCAAUGUAUAUAUAGUUGCAGGCAAAAAAAAAGAAGAAAACAUAAAAAAAAAGAAACCUCACUGCAAAACAUAUUGUUAAUUUUAGUCACCAAUGGUGUAAAGCAAAACUUAGGGUUUAGAGUGUGCUAGGAUACCUGAAACCUGAUGGUUAUCUUUAAAAUUGAUGGUUUUUCUCCUGAAAUGUUUGUGCAUGGAAGAACUGCCCUGCUUUUUAACCCCAUCGCCAUGUAUGAUUAUUCCUUGUGAGAUUACCUAAUUACUUGGAUUGAAGACUAGCCUAGGAAAUUGAAGCUGCUGCCAGGCAAUACCACUCAUAGUAACUUAAAGGAAUUAUUUCUGAUUAGAGGAUCCUCAAAAAGGAAGGGAUAGUGGGAAACUAUUCUUAUAUCUUCAGAUUCCUAGCAGAAAAUGAUUGUUUAUUUCAGACUAUGCUUUACUCGUAUAUGAUGUAGUUAACUAUCUUUCAGUUCCUCACUGUCUUUUCUCCGUUUAUUUUUUUAAGGCUUAUUGUACUAUUUAGUAGCAGCUUCAAGUGACCAAAAGACUAAAAUCUUUUAAUUAAGUCAGUGCCAAAAGCCACCGGGAAUUUUGCAGUGACACGAUUUUAGUCUCGUACUAUAAACACAAAUUUUCGAACCAUAGCUUUCAUUUCAAGCAUCAUCUUGAAUAUGCAAACUUUUUUUUUAUGUCAUGGUGUUAAAAGACUUCAAGAUUGGCAUUUUAAUUUAAACAGGUAGACGUUUUACGAUUGAGUUUCCUGUUUUUACAGAGAAAUUAGUAAUUACUUUUUGGCUGACAGAUCAGAUGAUAAGGAAAUUACUUUUUAUGCAUUAAUUUUUCCACAAGAUUUUAUAAGAGUUUAUUUAGAUAGACUAGAAACAAGUUUACUUACUUUCACUUUUAUGUGCUUUGCCUCUGGUGGUAUAAGGUUUUUAAACAUAGAUGGUAAACCAUUGUCCAAAAAUACUGGCAAGAUUUUUGUAAUGGAGAUCUGGCAGUAUCCUGCAUAACUGAUUGGGUGAGGAAAUAAUCAAUUCUGUUAAAGGUCAACCAUGUUCAGGAAAUGAUCUCUAUCUGAAUUCCACUAUCCUGUAAGGUUAUUAAAGUGGCUUAGCCCAGGUAUGUCCUCUUUGUUGGAUACCCAAAUUAUAUUUUUUAAAAAUUAAACAUCUGAAAACUUGGAGUAGAGCUUUAAAAAGUCUUCAAGUCUUUGAAAACAUUCAAGUUAAAAAUCUUUAUAAAGUAUAUUUCUAUUACAAAGCACUGACGAAAGAUGCCCUAUGUGACUUGGAGUUAUCUUUGAGGUCAUUUUACCACAAGUCUUCAUUAAAAAACAGCCAAAGUGAAUAAGAAAAAGAUUAGAUAUUAUGUUUUUCAGAAUCAGCUUUCCAUGUCUAAGUUUUUUGGUGGACUUAAGUUCCUAGUAUGAGGUGUCAAAGUGCCCAUCUUAUUUUAGAUUUUAUGUGGGCUUUUUUGUUGUUGUUUUCGUUUUUAAAUAAGUCGGCCACC